AUGUCAGCAACAGGAGUACAAUGGACGGAGCAUCGGACGCCCGAAGGACGUCCAUACUGGUACCAUAGUGUUGAACGGCGAUCGGUGUGGGAAAAGCCUUCUGAGCUCAAGACGCCGCGCGAACGCGCGCUCGAAGCGACGCCGUGGAAGGAGUACAAGUCUGGCGACCGAUCAUACUACGUCCACAGCGUCACCAAGCAGUCUACUUGGACGCUACCUGCCGAGCUCAAGCAGAUUCUCGAUCAGUACCCUAACGAUGGUUUCGCUGCUGCCCCUCCUUUGGCCAGCUCGGCAGUUGCGUCUCCUCAUGUCGGUGGCAACACGCAGUCGCCUGCCUUUGCCAGGUCUCCCGUUCCAUCGCAAAGCCCCUUUCCAGCGAUGGGUCAGUCGUCACCGAAUCACCACGGACCUGCAGCUUCGUCCACAAGGGGUGCUGGGUUCAACUCACCCAACCAGUUGCACCGCCCGGGCGCUGAACCAGCUUCUGGGUCCAACACGCCUAUCCCAAACCCUCACACCGCCAGUCGUGCCGCACAAUCAACGCACGCAACCACAUCCGGCUCGACCGAAGUCAACUUUAAAGGAGACAAAGAAGCCGCCGAAACCGCCUUCAUCCAGCUGCUCCGCGACACGCACGUCGAUGUGGAUUGGACGUGGGAAACGACUAUGCGAACUAUCAUCACCAACCCUCUCUACAAAGCGUUGAAAACGAUUGCUGAACGCAAAGCGGCUUUCAACAAGCAUAUCGAAGCGCUACGCCGACAACGUGCUACUGAAGCAGCGACGAGAAUGGAGGUGCUCAAACCAGCAUUCCGAAAGCUACUGGAUGAGGACGCUCGUAUCAAGAGCUAUUCGAGUUUUGCCACAGCUCAAAAGUAUCUUUCUGCAACGUCGGUGUGGAAGCAGGCGCAGAGCGAGCAGGAAGCACGCGAGGCAUUCGAAGCUGUCAUGAGGGAAAAACAGCAAGCUGAGCGAGAGCAAGAGGACAAAGUUAAGGCGAGAAACCGAGAGAUGCUCAUGGCGCUGCUCAAGACGUUCGAAGCCGACGUCUUUACUCGAUGGAGGGACGCACAUCGAACGAUUGUCGAGUCGCAAGAAUACACCUCUGAUGCUCUUCUGCCUCGGAUGGAUGUAAGCGAGAUGCUGUCGGUGUUUGAAGAGCUCAUUCGCGGGAUCGAGAAGGAGGCCGAUGCCGCACAGCGUGCCGAGGUGGAAGCCAAGAGGCGUAAGGAACGGCAGAAUAGGGAUGCGUUCAAAUCGUUGCUUCGAAAGCUAGCUGAUGAGGGCAAAAUAGCAGCGCGUUCGACGUGGGGCGAGAUCUUUCCGCUGAUUCGGGAUGAUGUUAGCUUGCUUCGUGUAGCAGGCCAAGCUGGAAGUACGCCGUUGGAGUUGUUCUACGAUUUUGUCGAUUCGCUCGACCAAGAAUUGGAACGCCAAACCGCCGACGCUCUCCAGCACAUCUCCAAGACGGGGCACACUGUUACACCCACUACGACUUGGUCGGAAUUCCUGGAAUGGACGACGGGUGUCAAUGUGCCCGUUGCAACGCUCGAACAGAUUCAUCGUGAACUAGUGUCCUACCUUGAAGCAGAGCAGGAGCGCGCCACGGUGGAAGCGCGCAAGAAGCUCGAGCGAAAAUUCCGGCAUCAGAUCGAAGACCUGCGCUAUGCGUUCAAGAAGGUGGACCCCCCGCUGCGUCUGCAAGCGGACUGGGACGAGGUCAAGCAGAAAAUGCACGAUACGCACGAGUGGAAGCAAGCAGAGAAGCAAGAUGAGCGUGUUCCCAAGUGGGCUUGGGAGAAAUUUGUGCGUCGUCAGAAGCAGAAGCUGCUCGACAGCGCCGAAAGUGUCGAUGCCAAGAAGAGAAAAGACGCUCCAGACACUCCAAAUCACGACAAGCUCACCUUCGAAGAAACUCUCACCAAAAGGCUCAGGAGAGACGCCGAUGAGGACCAUUCCGAACCGGAGGAGGGCGAAGUGUAA